GCUGUAUUACUCUCCCUCCCUCUUCUCCCUCGUUCUCUCAGUCAGAUUCUGCCGAGCGCUUGUUUUUCACACGCAGACGAGGUUCCUCUGACCUGCAGAGACGUCCUGGGCUGAGAGGAGCGAAGGAGGAACUCGGGGGUUUGUGUUCAGAGCAGAAUGGAGGUGGACAUGUUAAGCAGAAGAGACUCCAAACCAAGCGUGUCUCCAUGUACACUCACGAAAGUGGCUCUGUUCACACUGGUGUGUUUCUGUCUUGCUCUGCUGAUUACUGUCAUUGCAGUCUCGCAGAAAUCGACCAGAGACGAGUUCUGUCUGACGCCGGAGUGCAUUGAAGCAGCCAGUUCCAUUCUUAACAAGCUGGACCAAGGCGUCAAACCGUGUGAUGAUUUCUACCAGUACGCGUGUGGAGGCUGGCUCAGAGAAAACCCCAUUCCGGAAGAUUCCUCCAGCUAUGGGAUUUACCCCUGGCUCCGGCAGAACGUCGACCUCAAACUCAAAGAGCUCCUGGAGAAGCCCACUGUGGAGGGCGACCUUGAGGCAGUGAAGAAGGCCAAGGUGUUGUACCGCUCCUGCAUGAAUGAGACUGCCAUCGAGAUGCUGGACGCCAAGCCGCUGCUGAAGGAGCUGAAGAAGCGCGAGUUCCGCUGGCCCGUCCUGGCCGACGCUCUGGGUUCUGAUGUUCAGUGGGACCCGAGAAAGUUCGACCUGCUCCAGACGCUGGCUCAGAUCCGCACUCAGUACAGCAAAUCCGUCCUGCUGCGGCUCUUCGUCUCAGCUGACGACAAGAACUCACAGGAGUACAUCCUCAAGAUAGACCAGGCGUCCUUGGCUUUAUCCAGAGAUGAUUACGUCACCAACAGCACUGAGGCACAAGCAAACAGAGACGCUCUCCUGAAGCUCAUGGUGGGCGUGGCCGUCAUGCUGGGAGCCAGUGAGCAGGCGGCUGGGUCUCAGAUGAAAGCGGCGCUGGACUUUGAGAUGAAACUCGCUCAGAUCAUGAUUCCUUAUGAGAACCGCACCUCUGAGAGCAUGUACAACAGAUACAGCCUGUCUAAACUACAGCGCACCAUCCCUGGGUUUAACUGGCUGAUGUUUGUUCAAGCAGUGAUUGACUCAAAGCUCUAUCCGGAUCUUUCCAUCUCGUCCUCGGAGCAGGUGAUCGUCCGAGCUCCUCAGUACCUGAAGGACCUUUUCCAGCUGUUGAACGUGACAGAGAGCAGGACGGUGGCGAACUACGUGGUGUGGAGGUCCAUCCUGUCUCGAGUCACAACGCUGAGCCGCCGCUUCCUCUACAGAUAUCUGGACUUCGCUCGAGUGACGACAGGAACGACGUCUCUGACGCCUCGCUGGGACAAGUGUGUUAAUUACGUGGAGAGCGCGUUAAUGUACGCCACCGGACGCCUGUUUGUUGAUAAGCAUUUUCAGGAAGAUAAGAAACACAUGAUGGAGGAACUGAUUGAUGGCAUCCGCUGGGCGUUCAUUGACAUGCUGGAGAAAGAAAACGACUGGAUGGACGCAGAAACCAAGACGAAAGCCAUAGAGAAGGCCCACGCGGUUCUGCCUAAAGUGGGUUAUCCAGAGUUCAUCCUGAACAACACUUACAUCAACGAGAACAUCCAAAGGUUGUCGUUUUCGGAGAAGGAUUAUUUCGGGAACGUGAUGCAGACGUUGCGUUUCGUCGCGCAGUCCGACAUCGGCUGGCUCAGAACCAAGGUUCCACGCACAGAGUGGUUCACGAGCCCGACUACUGUGAACGCUUUCUACAGCGUUACCACCAACCAGAUCAGAUUUCCAGCAGGAGAACUUCAGAAACCGUUCUUCUGGGGACUGAACUAUCCUCGAUCAUUAAGUUAUGGUGCGAUUGGUGUGAUUGUUGGACACGAACUCACACACGCUUUUGAUAACAACGGUCGUAAAUAUGAUAAAGACGGGAAUCUGUAUCAGUGGUGGAGCGACGCUUCGGCCUCUAACUUCGACAACAAGACUAAGUGCAUCAUCAACCAGUAUAACAACUACCACUGGAAGGAGGCAGGGCUUAAUGUGAAAGGGAAGAGAACGCUGGCGGAGAACAUCGCUGACAACGGAGGAAUCCGAGAAGCUUUCAGGGCGUACAGGAGGUGGGUGCAGAAGGAAAGGUCAGGGGUCGAGGAGCCGUUAUUACCAGGACUGGGUCUGACCAACAAUCAGCUCUUCUUCCUCAGUUACGCUCACGUUCGUUGUAACGCUUACAGACCCGAAGCGGCUCGAGAUCAGAUCAACAGUGGAGUUCACAGUCCUCCUAAAUACAGGGUCAUUGGUGCUAUGAGUAACUUCGAGGAGUUCCACAAGGCCUUUAACUGCCCCACAACAUCAGUCAUGAACAGGGGGGCGGAGUCAUGCCGAGUGUGGUAGCACUGGAGAAUAUGGCAAGUUCUUAGUUCUUGAACAUGGGCCAAACCUCGACCAAUGAACCAUGCCGCAGUGUUCUAACCAGAAUUAGGCCUCUGUAGACCACUGUAUUGCUGGUUCUCCUACACUGGAACCCAGGAACACUUCAUGUGUUGCAUUCUUCUCCUCAUCACCUCCGUCUGAUCUCUGCUGUCCGAGAAUCUGGAAGUUUGAACAUCUUUGUGGAACCUGAACAUUCUGAAAAUGAGAUCCAUCCUCCACUGUCACUCAGGUGGAACAUUCUGUGUAGAUCCAUACACCUGAGUGAAUCCCAAUCAUAGGAGGUUCCAAGAAGAACCCUUUUAGAAAGGUAUGAACCUUUAAAGAACUUUUUUUUUUCUAAAUGUAUAAUUUUGGUUCUUAGCUUUUACAAAAGUGGACAAGACUUUGUUGUAGGGUUCUACAUAGAACCUUUCAGGGUUCCUUAUACCUAUCUUACCUUGGUUACCCAAAUUCAUUGUCUAAGGUUCUACACAGGGGUCUACACAGCACAUUUAAGGGUUCCACCAGUGGAACAAGUAAAAAAAAAACAUUUUACAACUAGAGGUAUGUUUUUCCGCUAAGAGCGUACUAAUGUAACCUUCAGAAAAAAAGACUACAUUUAGAACGCUUGAGGGUUCUCUGGGUUUUCCUCUGGUUCCUAUGUAGAGUGUUUUCCUCUCAAAAAAAGUUCCAAGUAGAGCCAUUAUAGAAAGGUUAAAGAACGAGAUAGUUAGGGUUAGUUAAUUAGCUUCCAAAAAUGUAGAACCUUUUCUUAUAGAACACUUUGUUGUAGGGUUCUACAUAGAACCUUCCAGGGUACCUUAUAACUAACCUUAUAACUAAUUUAUUUUUUAUUUAUUUAUUUAUUUUUUUUUUUUGCCUAAGAGUGUAGUAAGGUUGCUGCUUUCAGAAACAAAACUUAAAUUUAGAACCCUUAAGCGUUCUUUUGGUGAUCCUCUGGGGAACCCUAAAAGUUUCAAAGUAGGAGCCUAUAGCAGAGUGUUUCCCUCUCGAAAGGAGUUCCAAGAAGAACACUUAUAGGAAGCUAAGAACACUUUUAGAUACUUUGAUUGUUAAGGGUUCUUAGCGUCCGAAAAAAGGGGUCUACUUAGAAGUUCUACUUAGAUUAACAUUUUGUUCCUUACACCACACUAGCCCAGUGAGUUAGCCAAUCAGGUGAGAGUACACUAUUUUUCAUGCCACUUUUCAUACAAUUUUUUUGUUGUAUUAUUUGAAAUGAAAACAAAAGAGUAGAACUUUUAAAUCAUACUUGCCAAUGCUCGCUAGCUAGCCAGAUUUAGCACGAUAGCUAACCAACUGGACAAGUGACAUGGCAUUUUAAACAACUUUAUGUGUCAAUAUUAAUAAUCUAUAAUAAUCUAUAAUAAUCUGGUAUAUGACCUGGGGUCAAUUACUGUUCAUACCGUAGUGCUGUGGCUAGCAUAUUAGCUUCGCUUAGCUGUUUAUUAGCGCUUUUUUUCUCUUCCAUUUUUAUUGUUUAAACUAUCGUAAUUGUGAUUGAGAAGAAAAUCAUUCCAGGAGGAAAAGCACUGUAUCUGAAUGUAAUAUAGUAAAUAAUUAUCAGUAACAGUAGUGAUAGCACUACAUUGGGGCUUCGUAAAGCGUUCAUAAGCACCGUGUGAAGUGUUGAGACUCAUCAGGUGACCGUUUUUAGCCUUUCUAUGAAAAAGCAAGAGAAGAAGCUGAAUUAUGUAAUCAACUGUAAUCAAUAUUUAGUCUUUAAAUGAUUAGUGUCUUCAGAACAUUCAUAACACUUUAUGACGCUUCUACGAGACAUUCCUGUCUUAGAUCAUCUGUUUAUUAAAUCUAUUUCAUACACGAUAUACGAUAUAACUUCAGUUAUUGAAGACGGCCUUACGAGUUAUUUAUCUCCAACUGAAUCAGCGUUUCAUUUAUAACACGCUUAUGAAGCGCUAUGUACGGUAUUCCUCAUGCAGCUUCACUUAUGGAUAAAUAAAUAAAUACAUUGGAAAUGUCAUGUAAUAAUCCCAAAUCCCUUAAAAAAAUUUUAUACAAUAAUAAUAAUAAUAAUAAUAAUAAUUAUAAUAAUAAUAAUGCAUUUACGUUUAAAUGCAUUUAAACGUUUUAAUAUAUCAUGUAAACGUUUUGAAGAUGAAUUAAAUUCAUUUUUCUUACUAAAGGCUUACAAUUGAAAACCUUUAACUUUCGUUUUUAAAAGUGACGUCACCAUUUUAUUGUUUUAUUUAUUUAUUCUAAAUGACUUGUUUAUUGCCUAUAAAUGUGUUAUGAAGCCCCAAGCGUAGGUUUAAUAAUAUCUUACAUUUUUCUGUCUUUUUUCCCCUAAAUGAUUUAUCUGUUGGAUGCAAACUAUGCAAUGUUCAAUGUUUUUGAUCAAUUUGUAAUCUAUUUUAAUUCACUGUGGUGAUGUUUUAUAUGUAUUAAAAUUAUAUAUAUAUG